UCAAAUCCUCGGACAGAGAGAAGAGUGGCGAGAGAGAGAGAGAGAGAGAGAGAGAGAGAGAGAGAGAGAGAUGGAAGGAGCAUCGUACCAGCGAUUUCCAACGGUAAAGAUCAGAGAGUUGAAGGACGAUUACGCGAAGUUUGAACUCCGAGACACUGACGCUAGCAUGGCCAAUGCGCUCCGGCGGGUGAUGAUAGCGGAGGUCCCUACAAUUGCGAUCGAUUUGGUUGAAAUUGAAGUGAACUCGUCGGUGCUGAACGACGAGUUCAUCUCACACAGGCUCGGUCUCAUCCCACUCACCAGCGAACGAGCCAUGAGCAUGCGCUUCUCACGUGACUGUGACGCCUGCGACGGUGACGGCCAGUGCGAGUACUGCUCGGUUGAGUUCCAUUUGAGGGCCAAGUGCAUGAAUGACCAAACUCUAGAUGUCACUAGCAAGGAUCUAUACAGCUCUGACCACACUGUUGUUCCGGUUGAUUUCUCCGAUUCCGCUGGCUCCGGCUUCGACAAUACUGAGAAUAAGGGGAUUAUAAUUGUGAAGCUACGUCGUGGCCAAGAGUUGAGGCUGAGAGCCAUAGCACGAAAAGGUAUUGGCAAAGAUCAUGCUAAAUGGUCCCCCGCAGCAACUGUUACAUUUAUGUAUGAGCCUGAGAUCCAUAUCGAUGAGGAUAAGAUGGGGACUCUAUCAUUGGAGGAGAAGGAAAGCUUUGUUGAAAGUAGUCCGACCAAGGUGUUUGCAAUUGAUCCUAAUACCAAGCAGGUUUUGGUGGUUGAUCCUGAGGCAUACACUUAUGAUGAUGAAGUGAUCAAGAAAGCAGAAGCAAUGGGUAAGCCAGGACUUGUGGAAAUACAUGCCAGAGAAGACAGUUUUAUAUUCACAGUUGAAUCUACUGGCGCAAUCAAAGCUUCUCAGCUGGUGCUCAAUGCAAUUGAAAUUCUCAAACAAAAACUGGAUGCAGUUCGCCUUUCGGAGGACACUGUAGAAGCUGAUGAACAGUUUGGUGAAUUGGGCGCACAUAUGCGAGGAGGUUGA